AUGGCCUUUUUAAAAAGCCCCAUUGUUGUCUUACUCCUGUUGGUGUUCCUAUCGCACGUAGUGCGCUGCACCCACUUUAUCAUAAGUCCUCUGGAGAAAGAUUGCCUUCACUUUCGCGUGGACAAAAAUAACAUCAUUGUUGGGUCGUAUGAAAUAAUCGACAAGAACGCAUUGUGUUUAAUGUACAUAGUAAACAGAAAUGACAAAAAGCAGGAGAAAUUAUUCAAGUCGCAAAAGGUACAGGACAAGUUCGAGAUUAAGGUUGCGAAGCCCGGCGUCUAUUCCUUCUGCUACGCGAACCAGAAAAAAGCAGAAAUAACAGUAAUGUUCACUUUGAGGGUGAAAGAAAGCCACGACGUUGCCGACUCGGAGUUGGGUACAGCAGAUGAUGUAGAAAAAAUAAAUAACCAAACAUUCCAGUUGUAUGAACAGUUUUUUGAAGUCUAUGAAGAGCAAGAAAAAAUGAUGGAGACGGCAGACUUGUACAAGCAAUUUAACGAAAAAAUGAAUUCGAAAUUAAUUCUGUGGUCAGAAGUACAAAUAAUACUGCUAAUUCUGUUAACCAUAGUUCAUAUAUACUACAUAAAGUCCUUUUUCGACAUAAAAACCAUCGUCUAG